AUGCCAGGCCCGUCUAAUACCCUGCUGAUUGAGGGCACUUUCUCAGAACUUGCCGAAGAACUUGCGCAAUACAUCGACACCCUAGCCAAAACUGAAGAAGGCGCAGGCGUUCAAGCGGAGAUUGAACAACUUUUGGGCGCUAUCAGAGAAGCAGAACAGUCACAGGAGCCAUCAGACGAUGCCUCGGUAUCAAAACAAAAGGAUGAAGUGUUGAAAAAGAUUGUCACAAAGGCUGCUGUCCUCAACUCGGCCCCAGAAAGAGAAUUCUCGGCAGCAUACAAUUUAUUGAUCAGCCUGUCAUCACAAUCGUCAAUUCGAGACCAAGUCUUUGCACGGAUAUGUCAAUACUUGUCCGAUCAACCAGUCACAUCAUCUCCGACUCAUGGAAAUUCACUCGCAAUCCAAGCCUUAACCACCGUGUUUAACGUCCUCCCUCUGAACAGCGAUGCACGGUACCAUGUUUUCCUUGCAAUCCUGAAAGUUCUCAAAACCGUUUCAUCGCCUCAAGCUUUCGAUGCCCUUAUUCCACAACUUGAGACCAACAUCCCCAACUGGCUAUCCGCAUGGCAGUUAGACGAGGAAGAUGCAAGAACACUUUAUCUUGCGGUCGCCGAUGUGGCCAGCACAACGGGCAAUGAAAGCCUCUCGUAUAACUAUCUGCUCAAGGCCCUGGAGACCAUCCCGACCGAAUCAGUGGGCGAGAGCGAGUCGAUUGAACUGGCCAAACGUACUUUACGCACCGCUCUUACGAACCCCACCAUUACCGACUUCACACCCCUGACAGCCUCCGAUGCCAUUCAAGCGAUUCGCAAGUCCGACAGCAAUCUAUUCGAUUUGCUCGAGAUCUUCUCAUCCGACGACUACGCUUCAUACGUCGACUUCCUCGAGACCAACGAGCUCUCCAGCCUAGGCAUUGACGACUCGAGUGCCGAAGUCCUCAGCACUAAGAUACGACUCCUCACACUCGCCACCAUUGCCGCCUCCUCAACGACUCGCUCAGUGUCAUACUCCACCAUCGCCUCGGCACUGCAAAUCUCCUCAGAAGACGUAGAGAUGUGGGUGAUCGACACGAUCCGCGCAGGUCUGGUCGAGGGCAAGCUGUCGCAGCUGAAGCAGGAGUUCCUGGUGCAGCGCGCAACUUACCGCGUGUUCGGCGAGAAGCAGUGGGCAGAGAUCCAGGGCCGACUGAACGUGUGGCGCCGCAGUCUCGAGUCAGUGCUACAGGCCGUCAAGACGGAGCGCGAGCGAUUCGCCCGCGAAGGUCCCGGAGGUGGUAACGAGGUUGGAAUGAACGGCUUUGGCAACGAUGGUGGCGAGGGUGGAGGUCGUCAGCACGGAGGUGAUAGACAGCAGCGUCGUGGUCGGGGCGGUGGCGGCCGUGGCGGUCAGCACCGUGAGCCCCGUGAGCCUCGCGAGCCGCGCGAGCAUCACCACCACGGCGCACGUGAGGUUGAUGCUGUCGGUGGUGGUGACUAG